AUGUCUACCAACUUACGAAUCCUUGUCGAUAUGGACGGAGUGCUUGCUGAUUUCGAGGGACAUUUUCUCAAGCGAUACCAAGAAAAAUAUCCUAGGGAACCUUACAUCAACGUUGCAGACAGACAUGGUUUCUACUUAAACGAACAGUAUGCCAAAAUUAAACCAGAAUUAAAAGAUUUAGUGUUUUCUGUUUAUGAGGAAGCUGGUUUCUUCCUCGAUCUUCCUCCAAUUGCUGGAGCACUAGAAACUGUGAAAGAAUUAGACAACAUGAAUGAUAUUGAUGUGUUUAUCUGUACAUCCCCUGUACAAAAGUACACACACUGCGUUACUGAAAAGUUCCAGUGGAUUGAUAAAUAUCUUGGUAAUGAUUUUGUGACACGUAUGGUGUUGACACGAGACAAGACUGUUGUCAGUGGUGAUCUGCUUAUUGAUGAUAAACCUAAUAUCACUGGAGCUGAGAAGAAUCCAUCAUGGGAACACAUACUUUUCACCACACCACCAAACUCUCGCAUCCAGUCCAACCCAUCACCAAGAAGACUUAAUGGAUGGCAUGACAGAGACUCCCUCAAUCGAAUUAUUGAAAGUAAACGCAAAGAAAAGUUUGUAAAAAUAAUAGAGUGUCAGAACUGAGGACGGAUCAUUCACAAUUUUUAUUGAAAUAAUAAGUUUAACAUUUUGUAUUUUAAGUAUUUGCACAAAAUACAGAAAUCAGUGUUCAAAAAGUGUAAAUAAUUUAAUCAGGGUAUUUAUUCAAUACAUAAAUCAGACUUCAAGUUUUGUUGUUUUUGAAACAGAAGUGUACACACUUGAAUUGAUAAAUAUGACUGUAACUUAAACACACAUAACAAAUGUAGUAUAUUUAUGUAUUUAUUUUUGUUUAGUCAUAUUUAUUCGUUUCAGUGCCUGUGUUAAUGUCUUUCCAUAUUUGUACAGUAGGGUGUGCCCAAGUUGUAGAUUUAUAGUAAAACGGUG